AUGUCUUUGGUCUCCGUACAUAGCUCCCUCGGUCUACUUGGCGUCUUUCCUCCACAUCCAUCACCGACUUGUCUCGAAUGGACCUCCGAAGGCCAGCUCGUGCUCUUGGGCAAGAACGCGAUCUAUAUCCUUACGCCCGACUUGGGCCUCCAGCUCAACACAUCUUCCGCGGUCAAAGCAAUACCGAGCAAAUUGAACACGAUCUCAAAGCCACUGCCUUGGUUGAAAACGGUUCUAGAGCAAGAUAAGCGCAAUUUGUACUACCACUGGCCCUCGGACACACAGGAAUGGGGUGCGGCUUCUUUUGGAUCCUUAGACCUUUCACUUCGCGCCUUGACUGCGUCACCUAGUCUACUGGCCUCCGUCAAACCCUAUGUCAUCGCCGUCAUCACCUCCAACAUGCAGCUCAGUCUCUGGGUGCCUCUGAAGGAUCAUCUUCGAGGGCAAUGGACACUGCUCAAGGAGUGCACGCUGAUUCUGCGGGAUCUCGCCCCCAAAACAGCCGAAACGAGGGUUCACCGGGCGCUUCACGCCCAGAUCGCAUGUUGUGCGUGGUCGACUCAGCCGCUCUUCUGCGACCCGGCGCCCGUAUGCGACGCUUCUCUCCUCGCGCUAGGCACUCGAGCCGGCACUGUCAUGUUUAUGAGAUUGCAAGUCUCCGAGGGGACACCAGUGUCUCUUGAACAUGUCGCAACAGUACAACUAUCGGAACACUGGGUCACGUAUAUCGCUUGGACUGGUUGGUCCCAAGGUGGGCCCCAGCUAGCGCGUGCCACGCUCGCAUAUGGAACGGCAGACGGUUCGAUUAUACUUCUCGAACUUAGCCAAACACUGCGUAUGGAGGCAGCCACGCAACUGGGCGCUAACUGCCGGCUCGAGGUUCAGACGCAGGUUUUGGGUCCGAUCUAUGCAGCAGACAAGAAGACCACAACUGGCUUGCAGUGGGUAACUCUCCCUGCACGUGGGGUAGUUCUGGUCUUCUUCAAACCCGGACUCGUACACAUCUGGGCCCCUCCCCACUCUGAAGAGCUUUGGUCCGGCUCCCGCGUCUUUCGCCUGCAAACCCAGAAGACGUCCGCUUCGUCCUCAUUCUUACAUCCGGUGUCUGGUAUCAGCUAUGUCGCGAAGUACGACAUGCUCGUAUUCUCUCUACAAGAUGGAUCAUUCCACGCCGUCUACCAAAUGACCACAGACCCAACGCUCACACCUCCUGAACCAACGCUCCCGACUUCGUCCGCAAUGUCCACCCUGUCAAGAACCAUCUUCUCGCGCUGCGAGGAGAAGCCCGUCAAAAAGACUGACUUGAACGUCACCGAUGGCAUGACUGCGCUCAACGACUCAAACACCUUUAUCUGGACAUGCGAAUCUCUAUGCCCCACCGACUUCAGCUACAAAGCCGAUGCUCAGCGCACCACCAACAUCAUCACUGCUGACUUAUGGAGCGAGAACGACCCCGAGCUUCUCAUGCACCAGAUUCAACAGGUGCUCGCCUUACCUCCGUCCACUGCGGGCAGGGCACCACUAGACCUUCUGCGUCCCAUCAUCUUCGGUCUACAGAACGACGAACAUCUCACUGCGCUCUUCUCACGACUGCUCGAACUCCUCAACGCGCCAAUACCGAUACUCUUACCCGAGACUUACCCAGAGUCUCGCGAGGUCACGACAGAGCUCAGAGGAGAAGUGCGCGACAAUAUAGGGAAGCAUCUACUUGGUUCACAACGGAUGACAGCAAUACGUUUACGACUGUCUCUGGCCGACUACCUUUGGAGACGUGCUUCCGACGACGACGUGCGGAACCAGUGCUCAGAUGUAGCCUCGGUGCUCUUGCGCUCUGUCUCGCACGGCAUCCAGCAAGUUCUAGUCGACCAUCUUUCCGCCGUCUUGGGCAUUACCACCAAGGAAGACCUACCCUUCGUCUAUCGCAUCGUCAUCCAAUGCUUUCUACCAGGAGCACCGCCCUCCUUGCACGAAUCCGCGCAGGUCCUGGCCAAUCGGGCUACCGCACGCGGGCAGGAGUUCUCAUCGGGGGAAGGCACCAACGAUCUUGAGGAAAGUUGCCCGGCUUGUGGGCUGGCGGUGCCGUAUAACGACGUCUCAAGCGCAACGUGUCCCAAUGGACACAGGUGGAUGCGAUGCUCCAUUACGUCUUUCAUCCUCUCCACGCCCAUGGUGCGAACGUGUAUCGGAUGCACACGCAAGGCGUUCCUGCCGCCGAUCCGCAAGCGGACGAGGAAGACCGGAGACAAUGAGCAGAUGGAAGUAGACGAGGCGCCUGGCGGUGCUGAACCUGACGUCUCGCAUCUGCCGCCCGCAGCUCGGUCGUGGAUCGUACAAGAGCUGUUGCAGGCGGCUACUAGGUGUCUAUUCUGUGGCAAUAGCUUCGUCAGUUUGCUGUGA